AUGGAUUUGCGCAAUCAUAAGUUGUUCAGGCUGCGGAAUAAGACGAACUUGUCAAGGUCCUCGUCGAUAUCUACACCGAGCCUAGGUCCGUUCGAAGCGGUGACGGGAGGAGAGAUGGUUUCUAGGCGGCGCAUACUGUCGCGAUCCCGCGAUGAUCUCACACAGGCUUUCGCCCCGCAGAUGGAGGAGGAGGAAGAUGUGUGGUAUCAAAAAGAUAAACUUUAUAAGGAACACAUACAAGAAGUGCUAGACAAAUGGACACAAAUCGAUGAUGAGAUCUGGGCAAAAGUGAUAGUCUUUGAGAAGAAUCGACGCGUGGCAAAAGCAUAUGCGCGUGCGCCGGUACUCACUAUCAAUGGCUCAGAUGACGGUUUUGAUGGCAUGAGAAUUGGCCUUUGCGGAUUCGACAACCCACAUAGAGAUCAAAAAACAGAAGAACUGAAAAAACACAUAGGACAGGGCGUCAAAAUCAAAAUGGAUGACGCUGGUAAUAUACUCAUCAGACGCUAUUCCAAGAGUAGCGUGUUCGUGAAGAGUACAGCCGCCACCAGCAACGAAGAGACGGCGAUAGGCCAGGACAUUGUGAAGCUGCCAGGCUACGCGCUGGAGCAAGAAAAAAUAUUUAAGCUAUUCGACAUGAAAAAGUUCCAAUCAAAUGUAAAUCGAGAGUUACGUCGCGCUUAUCCAGACCGCCGAAGAUUGGAGACGCAGUGCUUGAGUGCGGUGGCUUUCGUCAAAUCAGACAACGAACUGCUCGAGUGUCCCAUAUGGGUCUUGGUCAUAAACGUCGUUGCUAUGGACAUGUUGAAAUCGAAAUUGCCUCCGGUUCAAAGACCAAUGGAUAUAAAGAACAGACCACGCAUCCCUAUUCCGGAUGAGGAUCCUUACAGCAUUGCAAGUUCAAACGCUAAUGGGUCAGGAUCUAGCGGAAGUUCCGGUGGGUAUGGGCACAACGGUCACAACGGGCAUAACGGGCACAAUGGCCACAAUGGACAUAAUGGGCACAAUAAUGGUCACGGCGUCGUAGCCGCGACCAGGGAACAACUUAUGAUGCAAAUGGGACAAAGGAGAGGUGAAAAGCCUCCCAAUCUACCUCCUAGGGAAAAUGGUUACGGACCAGCCGAUAUUCCUAAGCCGGAUUACGAUGAUAUUGAAGUUAAUGAACGCGUCCCAACGCAGUUCCCGAGAGGAAAAUCAGAUAAAGGAAAAGAUAACAAGAAGUAUGACGACCCCUACUACUGCGGGCUACGCGCGCGCGUGCCCAACUUCGUGAAGGCGACUGGCAAGCACGUGCUGCCGGCGAUGACAGAGCGCCUCACCCUGAAGGAAACACCAGUCCCUAGCAAGCGUUACAGCGUGGUCCAACCGGGCCCUUUCCACCCUCCAUUCGUCCCCAUCCAAGCUCCCAUAUGGCACGCACGUUCAUAUGAAAGCGGAAUCGACGGUGAUCAAUACGACCCAUACGCAGUGUACGGCCGCCUCCCCGUCCCCGGCCGCUUCCCGCCUCCGCCCGCGCCCAACGCCCGCCACAUGUUCAUCGGCGAAUGGGAC